AUGGCUGCAUCAACGGAAAAUGCAACUCUAUCACCAAUACUCGAUACCAUCGAUAUAAUUAAUCAAUCAAAUACAACAAAAGAAGCUUUUGUAGCCCGUACUGAUGGAAUGUUAUUAUCCUAUUCAUUUCUUGUUCUUGCUGCACUCUUAUGUGUUUACUAUGGUGCAUAUCGAUCUAUAACACGUAAAAAUAAACAAAAAGAUUCGGGAGAAAAACCUGAUGUACUUACAGCUAAAGAUGCGGCUAUGUUUCCUUUUAUUGCCAGUGGAUUUUUAUUUGGCAUCUAUCUUGUUAUAUUACUUGUUUCAAAAGAAUAUAUAACAUUUGUUUUAAAUAUUUAUUUUUUUCUUAUUGGAAUUGUUGCACUUUAUCGUGCUAUACAACCAGCUUUAGGCAAAAUAAAUUUACCAUUCUUAACUAAACUUCGUGAACGACAAUUUCAUAUCAAACUCUCCGAAAAUCAAGCAUCAGUUACUACUGAUAUUAUGCAUAUCGAUUUUAAAUUUGAUCUUGUCGAUGUUGCUGCAAUAUUUGUUUGUAUCUUAGUUGGUGUUUGGUAUUUACUUAAACGCCAUUGGAUUGCUAAUAAUAUAUUCGGUAUUGCUUUUUCCAUAAAUGCAAUUGAAAUUCUUCAUUUUAAUAAAAUCUUUAACGGAUGUAUUUUACUUGGUGGUUUAUUCAUCUAUGAUAUCUUCUGGGUAUUUGGUACAAAUGUUAUGAUUACAGUAGCAAAAUCAUUCGAUGCUCCAAUUAAACUAAUCUUUCCUCAAGAUUUAAUUGAAAAUGGAAUAUUUGCAGCUAAUAAAUUUGCAAUGCUCGGACUUGGUGAUAUUGUUGUACCUGGUGCAUUCAUUGCUCUAUUACUUCGAUAUGAUAUGACACGAAAACCAUCAUCAACACGUUAUUUUAAUGUUUCAUUCAUCGCUUAUGUUAUUGCUUUAUUAAUAACUAUACUUAUCCUUCAAAUAUUCAAACACGGACAACCAGCUUUACUUUAUAUUGUACCACUCUGUGUUGGUUUUCCAUUAUUAACCGCAUUGAUUUAUAAAGAUUGGGCGUCAAUGUUUGCCUAUGAAGAUCAUCCAUCAACACCUGAAGUUGUUGAAAAGAAAAACGAAUAA